ACACAACGAGGUCGUCGUCGACAACUACGAGUUUCAGUCGCGUGCGCUCCGCGGCAAUGUAAACAUAACCUUUACUGGCACGAUUUUGCAAAAAGUACAUUAAAUUUACUAAAUUCUUUCACGUUUUAAAGUACGGUUUUAACUUAACGAAUAGUUUACUAUUUUGUUAUAUUUUUUCGAGUUUCCUGAAAUAAACCGGGAAGUUAUUCUAAUUCUGUUCCGGUGUGUUACUCAUAGUUUCAGUAUAUUGCAGUAUUAUUUCGGUGUUGCGUCAUCCGUUAAUACUACAAGUGAAAUUUUCUUUUAAAAUAGUUUUAAAUUGAAAUCAUUUAUUUCGUAAAAACGAGAAGAAUAGAAUUUAAAAUUUUAGGAUUUUGUAGUUAAAAUCGUUCAAGAAUAAUUAGCAUUAAUCGGUUUUUGUUAGUGUAAUUUGAAAACUACUUAAUUAAUUCUGCGAAAAUGUUUGGGAGAAGAACAAAUACAGUAUUUCAGAAGAUAUUAUUUGCGGCGGCGUUUAUACUUUUCGUUCCUCGUAGCGCGGUCUGUGAUAUAACUAUAGAAGAAAGCGAUAUUAGUUUGAAACUUCAAGAUUCCGUUAACAUUAGUUUAACUGUACGUAAUCUUAAGGAAUCGAUCAGAUUGCAACUUUUAGUACAACACGAUGAUAUCCUAGAGGUGACACCGAAUAUUAUCGAUUUAGAACCGUCCGACGAAGAGGUCCAGUAUGUUAAAGUGCAUGCCAUAGGAGCUGGUCAUAGUGAAGUUACAGCUAACGUAACGGAUCCGAAUGUCAAUAUUGAAGAUGUUUUUAUUCGCGUCACAGUCUUCAAAAACAGCGCCCUAGACACCUUCUCAAUAGUAAUCGGAUGGUUGUAUUUCGUGGCAUGGUCGGUUUCGUUUUAUCCUCAAAUUUACAUCAACUACAAGAGAAAAAGUGUGAUUGGAUUAAACUUCGAUUUCUUGUACUUAAAUAUCGUCGGAUUUAUGCUUUAUGGCACUUUUAAUCUUGGGUUAUAUUUUAUACCAGAAAUUAAAAAUGAGUACUUUUCAAGAUAUCCAAGAGGUUUAAAUCCGGUCCAAGUGAAUGACAUAGUUUUUGCUGUUCACGCGGCUUUAGCGUGUUUAAUAACAAUAUGCCAAUGUUAUCUAUACGAAAGAGGAGAACAAAAAGUGUCUUUGACGGCCAAAUCAAUCCUUGGAGUGUUCGCUUUAUUCCUAUUUAUCAGUGUGAUUUUGUCGGCAGUCGAUGUAAUUCAUUGGCUUGAUUUCUUGUAUUAUUGUUCCUAUGUGAAAUUAACGAUUACAUUAAUUAAAUAUGUACCUCAGGCUUAUAUGAAUUAUAAAAGGAAAAGUACGGUUGGUUGGAGUAUUGGAAAUAUCUUCUUAGAUUUUACUGGUGGAAUUUUAUCUAUGUUACAAAUGAUAAUUAAUGCUCACAAUUACGAUGAUUGGGUAUCAAUCUUUGGGGACCCCACCAAGUUCGGAUUAGGAUUAUUCUCCGUAGUAUUCGACAUAUUCUUUAUUAUCCAACAUUAUGUUCUAUAUCGGCACUCAAAUUAUGAAGAAAAGUAGUACUUAUAUUAAAAUUUUUAUCGCGCA